AUGUCACCAGACAAAGCAGCCCACAUCCAGCCGCGACAAGUAGCAGUCGCAAUCGCCUAUCGCUUCACUGGAGAGGCCGGGUCCGAGGCAGGUGCAGGCUCCUCCAAGCAAGCGGUGGAAGUGUGUCUUGUCUCCUCGCGCAAGCAUGCCAAUCGGUGGGUCCUGCCAAAGGGAGGAGUGGAAGAGGGGGAAGAUGUGGGAGAGGCGGCUAGGAGGGAGCUUUGGGAGGAGGCCGGUCUUAAAUCACCCUCCUCGUCACCACCAGCACCUCUCCGGCACGAACCAUCCCUCACAACCACUCCCGAUCACAAGUCGCAUCGCUCUUCUCCUUCCAACGUCUCUCCUAGCGAUCCCACCUUUAUACCACGGGCAGUCUAUACUGCCAUCGAGGUGCGGUUGGAGCAAGGGUAUGAGGGGGAGGAGCAGUGGCCCGAAAGACACGAGAGGGAGCGGAAGUGGGUUGGGUUCGACGAAGCUUGUGAGCUUGUGAGGUGGAGGGGUGACGCACUUAGGUUGCUGAGGGGGAGUAGCAUAGCUUGA